AUGAGGAAUGGAGAUUCCUGCUUUGGAAAUGUUAACGAGUGCUCGUCUAACCCGUGUUCUACCAGAGGGCAUUGUAACAAUCUUCAGAAUGCAUAUAGUUGUACCUGUAAUCCUGGCUGGAUAGGAACAAGAUGUCAAACUGAUUUUAACGAGUGCUCGUCUGGCCCGUGUCUUAAUGGAGGGCAAUGUAACAAUCUUCAGAAUGCAUACAGUUGUACCUGUAAUUCUGGCUGGACGGGAACAAGAUGUCAAACUGAUGUUAACGAGUGCUCGUCUGGCCCGUGUCUUAAUGGAGCCUGUAACAAUCUUCAGAAUGCAUACAGAUGUACCUGUGAUUCUGGCUGGACGGGAACAACAUGUCAGACUGAAAUUGACGAAUGUGAACCUGGACCUUGUCGAAAUGGUGGUGAAUGUGAAGAUAAGGUCAAUGCGUUUCUCUGCGAUUGCCAAUCUGGUUGGACAGGGACAACGUGUGAAGAAGAUGUGAAUGAAUGCCUUCCAAAUCCAUGUGAUCACGAUGGGAUAUGCAACAAUCUUCAGAAUGCAUUUAGCUGUACCUGUGUAAACGGCUGGACAGGAACAAUGUGCGAGGAAGGCAAGUAUAUUUGCUUGUAAAAUAAUAUGUACUUAUGUGGUCUUAAGCUCUUCACAUGAUAUCGAUUGCAAGGAUCGUCAUUAGCAUAUUUUCACUCCAUGUAAUAUUUUAUGGUUAAAGUUUGUUAUGACGAUUUGGAAUCAAUUAUAUCAUAUCGGCACGAAGAUACCAAUUUAAAUCUCAGAUUUAAUCCAAUUGUACUUGAAAGUGAGAGGCACAAUAACAAUGCAGAUAUCGACCCUGACAAAAAUUAUUUUGCAAACUACGUUACGUCCACUUCUAAUUACUAUGAGGUGAUAGAUUUUGUGAACAAAUUUGCGAUAACAAAAAAUAAUGCAACCUUUUCGAAUAUACAUUUCAACGUUAGGAGUAUUCUAAAAAAAAUUGAUUCCUUAAAAAAUUUCUUGAGUAUUUUAAAUUUCCAGUUUGAUGUAAUUGGCAUCUCGGAGACCUGGUUAAGAGACGAUAGUCUCUCACUAAAUAUCGAUGAACAUACUUUUAUAUGUAAGAACAGAAACCAUGGUCGUGGUGGGGGUGUUGGAAUGUAUAUAGCGGACUCGCAUUAUUAUUUCCUAAGAGAUGACCUGACGCUUGAUUCAGAAAUAUGUGACUCCAUUUUUAUAGAAAUAGUUCAAGAAAAGAGAAAGAAUAUUAUAGUUGGUGUGGUAUACAAACCCCCAAAUAUUCAGACCGAUAUUUUUCUGAAGCACUGGACAUUGUGUUCAACAAAAUAACUAGCGACAAGAAAAUGUGUUAUGUAAUGGGUGAUUUUAAUAUCGAUUUAUUACAACAUGAUAUAAACAACUCAGUAAAAAACUUUAUCGAUAUAGUAUUCAGUAACUCAUGCUACCCCUUAUCGACAA